GUCAAACCUCGCGAUAUCUGGAUGUAGUUGGCGGCUGUGGGCCCGUCACUUCUGUGUAGUAGAGUUGCUUCUGACAUUUGAAUGAAAAACAGCUUAACAAAAGCGCGAAACUAUGGCUUCAGCUCUGGAGCAGUUCGUGAACAAUGUGCGGCAACUCUCCGCUCAAGGUCAGAUGACUCAACUAUGCGAACUGAUCAAUAAAAGUGGGGAGCUUCUGGCCAAGAACCUAUCCCAUCUGGACACUGUUCUUGGAGCUUUGGACAUUCAAGAGCACUCCCUUGGUGUUUUAGCUGUUCUGUUUGUGAAGUUUUCCAUGCCAAGCAUCCCUGAUUUUGAGACCUUGUUUUCCCAAGUCCAGCUCUUCAUCAGCACCUGCAACGGAGAACAUAUCCGAUAUGCCACAGACACAUUUGCUGGUCUAUGCCACCAGUUGACAAAUGCCCUUGUAGAAAGAAAACAGCCCUUGCGUGGAAUAAGUAUAAUCAAACAGGCCAUAGACAAAAUGCAAAUGAACACAAACCAGCUUACCUCAGUUCAUGCAGACCUGUGUCAGUUAUGCCUCUUAGCUAAGUGCUUCAAACAUGCAGUUCCAUUCCUAGAGUUGGACAUGAUGGAUAUUUGUAAGGAGAACGGAGCGUAUGAUGCAAAGCACUUUCUAUGUUAUUACUACUAUGGCGGAAUGAUCUACACAGGUCUCAAGAACUUUGAGCGAGCACUGUAUUUUUUUGAACAGGCAAUAACCACUCCAGCGAUGGCUGUUAGUCACAUCAUGUUAGAAGCGUACAAGAAGUACAUUCUGGUGUCCCUUAUCCUUCAUGGCAAAGUACAGCAACUACCCAAAUACACAUCACAGAUCGUGGGAAGAUUCAUCAAGCCCCUCAGUAAUGCUUACCAUGAGCUGGCUCAGAUGUAUGCCUCCAACAAUCCUGCAGAGCUCCGUGGUGUGGUGAACAAAUAUAGCGAGACGUUUACACGGGACAGCAACACCGGUCUAGUCAAACAAUGUCUGUCCUCGCUCUACAAGAAAAACAUUCAGAGGCUAACCAAGACAUUCUUGACGUUAUCUUUACAAGACAUGGCAAGUCGAGUUCAGCUUUCCGGCGCUCAAGAAGCUGAGAAAUAUGUCUUACAUAUGAUUGAGGAUGGUGAGAUUUAUGCAAGUAUCAACCAGAAAGACGGCAUGGUCUGUUUCCAUGACAACCCUGAGAAAUACAACAACCCUGCAAUGCUCCACAAAAUUGACCAAGAGAUGCUGAAAUGUAUAGAGUUGGAUGAGAAACUAAAGUCCAUGGAUCAAGAAAUCACUGUAAACCCCCAGUUUGUGCAAAAGAGUAUGGGAACGCAAGAGGAUGAUGUCGGCAGCAAGACGUCAAGCUACUCUUGAGGCUAUCGGGCAGCUCAAUGCUUUGCCCUGCCGCCCCUCAUCCCAAAGCUGGAAAACCUUCACGAGAGCAAAAUCAGUUCUAUUGAGUAUGGACUAUAUUGGAGGAAAACAUAAAUGUGUGGAAUUUGUAUUGUUCUGUCACAGUGCACCCUAAACAAGAACUCAUUUUUGUCAGUGUUUUAUUUAUCAGUGCUUGGUUGAAAUGCCACUGCAUCAUUUAUGAUCAUACAAAUAAAGAUACUGGACUACUUUGUUCAAAAUAGUGGUCAGAAUUGCAUGUGUAUACUUAUCUACAUUGCAACAACACAAAAUGAAAAAUAAUAAUUUUUUUGAACUAUUUACAACCAGUUAAAGGAAUAGAGCCAUAUCUACAGUUGAAGUCAGAAUUUGACAUACUCUGCCAAAUACAUUUAAACUCAGGUUUUCACAAUUCCUGACAUUUAAUCAUAGAAAACAUUCGCUGUCUUUGGUCAAUUAGGAUCACUAUUUUAUUUUAAGAAUGUGAAAUGUCAGAAUAAUAGUAAUAAUUAUUUAUUUAAGCUUGUUUAACUUGGGUCAAUCUUUUUUGGUAGCCUUCCACAAGCUUCUCGCAAUAAGCUGCUGGAAUGUUUGUCCAUUCCUCCAGACAGAACUGGUGUAACUCAGUCAGGUUUGUAGGCCUCCUUGCUCGCACAUGCUGUUUCAGUUCUGCCCACAAAUUUUCUAUUGGAUUGAGGUCAGAGCUUGUGAUGGUCACUCCAAUACCUGGACUUUGUUGUCCUUGAGCCAUAUUUCUGCAACUUUGGCGGUAUGCUUGGGGUCAUUGUCCAUUAAAGACCCAUUUGCGGCAGGCUGAUGUCUUGAGAUGUAGCUUCAAUAUAUCCACAAAAUGUUCCUUCCUCAUGAUUCCAUCUUUUUUGUGAAGUGCACCAGUCCCUCCUGCAGCAAAGCACCCCCACAAAAUGAUCCUGCCACCCCCUUGCUUUACAGUUGGGAUGGUGUCCUUCGGCUUGUAAGCCUCACCCUUUUUCCUCCAAACAUAAUGAUGGUCAUUUUGGCCAAACAGUUACAUUUUUGUUAAAAUUAGACCAGAGGAUAUUUCUCCAAAAAGUAAGAUCUUUGUCCCCUUGUGCACUUGAAAACUGUAGUCUGGCUUUUUUAUGGUGGUUUUGGAACAGUAACUUCUUCCUUGCUGAGCAGCCUUUCAGGUUAUUGCGAUAUAGGACUUGUUUUACUGUGGAUAUAGAUACUUGUCUACCUUAUUCCUCCAGCAUCUUUACAAGGUCCUUUGCUGUUGUUCUGGGAUUGAUUUGCACUUUUCACACCAAACUACUUUCAUCUCGGUUAGACAUCAGGCGUCUCCUUCCUGAGCAGUAUUAUGGCCGCAUGGUCCCAUGGUUUUUAUACUUGCGCACUAUUGUUUGUACAGAUGAACGUAGUUCCUUCAGGCAUUUGGAAAUUGCUCCCAGGUAUGAGGUCUUGGCUAAUUUCUUUUGAUUUGCCCUUGAUGUCAAGCAAAGAGGCACUGAAUUUUAAGGUAGGCCUUAAAAUACAUUGACAAGAACAUCUCUAGUUCAGUACACCUCCUAUCAGAAGCUAAUUGGUUAAUUGUUUAAAGGUUUGACAUCGUUUUCUGGAAUUUUCCAAGCUGCUUAAAGGCACAGUUAACUUAAUGUAUGUAAACUUCUGACCCACUGGAAUUGUGAUAUAGUCAAUUAAAAGUGAAACAAUCUGUCUGCAAACAAUUUUUGGAAACAUUACUCAUGUCAUGCACUUUAACGACUUGGCAAAAAUAUAGUUUGCUAAUAAUAAAUCUGUGGAGUGGAUAAAUGUGUUUUAAUGACUUCAACCUAAGUACAUGUAAACUUUAAACUUCAACUGCAUCUGACCAAUAUGAUAUACCGAUUCCACAGAAUGAUCUUAACAUCAACAGAGGGAGUCAUCAUUUUGGUGCUGUAAAAUACAAAAUCCUGCUAUGUUUUUUCUGUCUUGAUUUUUACAUUUAGUACAUUUUUAUAUUUGUAUGAUCAGCUCACAGAGUGACAGCUUCUCUAAUUGUAUGUUCAUUCACCCCAAAACCACAUUAACUUAACUGAAUGACCCACUGUUUGAUGUAAUGUUUAUCACCCUGAAGAUGAAUGUGUGAAUUGCUGUUCCUUCAGUCAACUCUACGGCAUAGGAGUGAUUUAUAAGAUGUCAGGUAUGUAGGCCUGUGGCUAAGCAGUUGUGCUGUUGUUUCAGUCCUCUAGAGGUCUCCCAUGUUGUGGGGUAUACCAUAAAUAAAUUAGUCAUGAAAGUCUUGGAAGCUAACACAACUAUUUUAAAGUGAAUCUCACAAAUACAUGUUGGGGUUAUGUUUCUCACAUAUAACAUGUUUGGUAUAAUUGUCAUUAAAAUAAAAAUCAAUAAUUAUCUUUUCGAAAUUCAGGCAAUUUAUUUUUAUGUAAUUGUAGAUACGGGUCAAAUUUGACCCAGACAUGUGCUUGACUG